CGUGCGCAGUAGGCUUUUCCGGAAGCUGUAUUGUGCAAAUGGUGGAGAAGAAGACUUCGGUUCGCUCUCAGGAUCCCGGACAGCGGCGGGUGCUGGACCGGGCAGCCCGGCAGCGCCGCAUCAAUAGGCAGCUCGAGGCCUUGGAGAAUGACAACUUCCAGGACGACCCCCAUGCUGGACUUCCUCAGCUCGGCAAGAGGCUGCCUCAGUUUGAUGAUGAUGCAGACACCGGAAAGAAAAAGAAGAAAACUCGAGGGGAUCAUUUUAAACUUCGCUUCCGAAAAAACUUCCAGGCCUUGCUGGAGGAGCAGAACCUGAGUGUGGCUGAGGGCCCCAACUACUUGACAGCCUGUGCUGGGCCCCCCUCCCGGCCCCAGCGCCCUUUCUGUGCUGUGUGUGGCUUCCCCUCCCCAUACACCUGUGUCAGCUGUGGUGCGCGGUACUGUACUGUGCGCUGUCUGGGCACCCACCAGGAGACCAGGUGUCUGAAGUGGACCGUGUGAGCCUGGGCUUCCCUGGAGAUGAAGUGUCUCCACCCGGCCUCCAAAAAGCCUCACCAAAAGGAGUGAGGCUCCCCCUAAAGCCACUCACUCACCCACCAAAACUGAGUUUCACCUGCCAGGGAAGCUCAGUCUUACUUCCAGAGACUGUCUGGCAAGAGGUGGGCUGAGCCCACAGAGUGCUGUAAUAAAAGGCCUACUGCCAGGA